AUGAAGUAUUAUGGCCAGAACAGACGACCACUGUAUCAAAUUCUAAGCGAAAAUUUGAUGAGUGGCUACGCCUCAAUAGCGAAACCCACUUUAAAUCAAUCGGAGCAGAUAGAUGUCCAUGUCGCUAUUACAUUGUCUCAGAUUGUCAGUGUUGAUGUUAACUUACACCAGCUAGUGCUUCUUGCUUGGGUCUAUCUCUCCUGGCGUGAUGAUAAUCUGGUUUGGGAUGUGAGCCAAUACAAGGGGAUCCGAUUCAUCAGAUUGGCUCCCACUCGGAUCUGGGUGCCGGAUGUUGGGUUCAUCAACUCAAUCCAGAACUUCGAGUUCAUCAAAGAAGUAUCUCUGAUACACGCCAGAGUGAACUGGAUGGGUGUGGUGUCGUGGACUGUGCCUGUUCUUGUGAGGACCAAAUGUGACAUGGACACCUCCCACUUCCCUUUCGACACCCAACAGUGCACUCUAGUCAUGGCUUCAUGGACAUUGAGACAUGUCCAUACAUACCACAUGCAACAAGUGCAGGGCAUGUUGAUGGCUUCCCAUUCGAUCAAUGACCACCCCGAGUGGUUUCUGGUGACUUCAUCCCACUCUAGAAAAGUGUUCAGCCCCUCCCCCUCUCUCUCCUUCUCAUCCCUGCAUUUGCACUACACGUUCCAACGAAGAUCGAAGGGCUGA